GCUCCUAAGAAAGUUAUGAAUGUAAUAGAUUCCUGCUGGCGAACCAGGUCCAAUUGGGCUACCAAUCGCAGGGCCUUGGCCGAUUGUGUGGUAGGCUUUGGCAAGGCAGCAAUAGGAGGGAAAUAUGGAGCAAUAUACGUAGUUACAAACCCUUACGAUGACCCCAUCAACCCUGCACCUGGCACGCUUCGUUAUGGUGUUAUUCAAACGAGUCCUCUUUGGAUCAUUUUCGCCAGAGAUAUGGUUAUCACGCUCAAAAAUGAACUGAUUGUGAAUAGUUUCAAGACUAUAGAUGGCAGAGGGGCUAAAGUGGAGAUUGCAUACGGACCCUGCAUAACAGUUCAAGGUGUUACCAAUGUUAUAAUACAUGGGAUUAGCAUUCAUGAUUGCAAGCCAGGGAAAGCUGGCAUGGUCAGGAGCUCCCCUACGCAUGUAGGGAAACGUGAAGGUUGUGAUGGAGAUGCAAUCAGCAUUUUUGCAUCUUCCAACAUUUGGGUUGAUCACUGCUACCUAGCCCGUUCUGCCGAUGGCCUUAUUGAUGUCAUUCGUGCUUCGACCGCUGUCACAAUCUCUAAUAACUAUUUCACUCAACAUGAUAAAGUGAUGUUGUUAGGACACAGUGACAAAUUCACUGCGGACAAAGUUAUGAAAGUUACGGUAGCUUUUAACCGGUUUGGCGAGGGACUCAUUGAGAGGAUGCCAAGGGUCAGGAUAGGCUACGCCCAUGUUGCCAACAACAGGUAUGAUGAAUGGAAGAUGUAUGCCAUCGGUGGCAGCGCCAAUCCAACCAUUUUCAGCGAAGGAAACUACUUCAUAGCUCCGGAUAACUCUGCUUCCAAGGAGGUUACCAAGAGAGAAGCAAGUAAUUGGCGAAAUUGGACAUGGCAGUCUUCAAAGGAUGUCUUUAAGAACGGUGCUUAUUUUGUUCCAUCUGGCUAUGGAAGUUGUGCUCCUCGCUAUACUCGAGCUCAAUCGUUCAAAGCUGCUCCAGGAUACAUGGUUCCUGCUUUAACAUCUGAUGCUGGUCCUUUACGCUGUCUUGUUGGCAAAGCAUGCUAAAACUUUAAACUCAUUUCCCUCCUGUUGUUGCAUAUCCACUUUUGUUUCUUUCUUUCUCGGUGUCCAUUCUACAAUUGUUUUCCAAAGUUCUAAACUC